AUGAGUCCCCACGAGCCCAUCCCACGGGCUUUCAACGCGAAUAUCGAUGUCGCCAGAAACAGUGAUGCUACUACCACCGUCAAACCAGCCGUUCGAAUUCAUUCCCCGGACCUCCGGUUUGAGAGAAUUCUGAAUUUCCGGGAUGGUGAUGAGAGAGGGUGUUUUAUUCCGAAGUGCAAGGAGCAUAAUAUCGCUGCCAACAGACACCUCGCUUCUCAGCCGAGCAGGCCGAAAGAUGGGCCCACGCCAGCUGUCCAAACCCAGUCCACAACGAACGAUGAACACCUCGUCCAGCUCCCCGGCGUGCGCCGAAUUAUGGUCAGUCUGGCCGGCUGGGGUCUGGAGAAGCUAUUGCUGUGGCGCCUGAGUUGGUUCAAUUUGCUGAAGGCCAUCGCCCUGCUCGCGUCCGGUUACCGCAACGCUGCCACAAAGCUCGUGGUCGAGCAGGCCAUGGUGCCCCGCGGCCUCAAGGGGCUGGCGCUCGAUACGCUAACGGCCAGCCAGGCCGAGAUCAAGGAACUGUUCGAACACUUGGGCAACCCUGCGGUGUAUCCGACACUCGUGCACUGCACGCAGGGCAAGGACCGGACAGGGUUGGUUGUAAUCCUGCUAUUGUUACUGGCCGGGUCUCCUGCUGGCGAGGAGGGGGGGACGAGGGAAAGGAUGGGGGAUGGUGGUGGUAGGAAUAGUAACGGCGAAGACGACGGCGACGGUAAUAAUAAUAAUAACGCUGGGGAGGGAUUAGGUGGUGGUGGGGCUAGAUAUGCACACGUCGAGGGUGACAUUCCCAAGCUGGGCCCCGAUGCGGACACAGCUCCAGCUCCAGCUGCAGAUCCAGAUACAGGCACAGGCACAGGCACAGGUACGCAAACAGCCACAAGCCCCCAAAUCCCUCUCUCGGCAAUAGCAAGCGACUACCAAACGUCGGAGGGCGAGCUGCUUCCGGAGCUGCAGGAGCGGCUCGCGGAGAUGCGCGCCAUGGGCAUGCCGGAGGAAUAUGCGACGUGCCCGGAUGGGUUUACGGAGGACGUCGUGCGGUUCUUAGAGGAAGGGUAUGGCGGGGUUCGAGGAUAUUUGAGAGCUGUUGGGGUGGAUGAUGGCGUUGUGGAGAGGGUUAGGGGGUUGCUUGUGGCGUGA